GGGCACACACAGCCCGCGCGAUGUUACAGCCAGGGAGGGCGAAAGCGAGCUCGGCUAGCCGGGCGGGUCGACUGCUCCCGCGGUUCCGCUCGGACCCGGGCCCAGCGUCUGGCCUUAUGAUGGAAGCUGCUGUGCCGGCGCCGAGCAUGUCAGCAUCCUCCAGGGAACCACAUCCCUGAAAUCCGGAGAAAACCCUGCCCACUCACUUCCUCUUUACUCCUACUUUGGGGUCACCGUUGCCUGUCGAGGCCUUAAUCCUAUAGUGUCACCCUAGUUCAACAAAGAAGCAGGACAAUGAUACUGACUUCAGUGCUGGGCAGCGGCCCUCGGAGCGGGUCUUCACUUUGGCCUCUCUUGGGGUCCUCACUGUCACUCCGGGCUCGCUCAACAUCUGCCACCGAUACACACCAUGUAGAGCUGGCCAGGGAACGCUCCAAGACUGUCACGUCCUUUUACAACCAGUCAGCCAUUGAUGUGGCAGCAGAGAAGCCCUCAGUCCGCCUCACUCCCACCAUGAUGCUCUAUUCUGGUCGCUCACAGGAUGGCAGCCACCUUCUGAAAAGUGGCCGCUACUUGCAGCAAGAGUUACCCGUGAGGAUCGCUCACCGUAUAAAGGGCUUCCGUAGCCUUCCUUUCAUCAUUGGUUGCAACCCCACCAUACUACAUGUGCACGAGCUAUACAUCCGGGCCUUCCAGAAGCUGACAGACUUCCCUCCGAUCAAGGACCAGGCAGAUGAGGCCCAGUAUUGCCAGCUGGUGCGACAGCUGCUGGAUGACCACAAGGAUGUGGUGACCCUGUUAGCUGAGGGUCUUCGUGAGAGCCGGAAGCACAUAGAGGAUGAAAAGCUGGUCCGGUACUUCUUGGAUAAAACACUGACAUCAAGACUUGGGAUCCGAAUGCUGGCUACUCACCACUUGGCACUACAUGAAGACAAGCCUGAUUUUGUUGGCAUCAUCUGCACUCGUCUGUCACCCAAGAAGAUUAUAGAGAAGUGGGUGGAUUUUGCCAGACGCCUGUGUGAGCACAAGUAUGGCAAUGCCCCUCGAGUCCGCAUCAAUGGACACGUGGCUGCCCGUUUCCCCUUCAUUCCCAUGCCGCUGGACUAUAUCCUGCCUGAGCUGCUCAAGAACGCCAUGAGAGCCACAAUGGAGAGUCACCUAGACACUCCCUACAAUGUUCCAGACGUGGUUAUCACCAUCGCCAAUAAUGAUAUUGAUCUCAUCAUCAGGAUCUCGGACCGGGGUGGAGGAAUCGCUCAUAAGGACCUGGAUCGGGUCAUGGACUACCACUUCACCACAGCUGAAGCCAGCACCCAGGACCCCCGAAUCAGCCCCCUCUUUGGCCACUUGGAUAUGCACUGUGGUGGCCAGUCAGGACCUAUGCAUGGCUUUGGCUUCGGGUUGCCCACGUCCAGGGCCUAUGCAGAGUAUCUCGGUGGCUCCCUGCAGCUGCAGUCCCUGCAGGGCAUUGGCACAGAUGUCUACCUACGGCUCCGCCACAUUGAUGGCCGGGAGGAAAGCUUCAGAAUCUGAUGGUGGAUUUUGGCUGGCUAGCCUGCCACACUCCUCGUAAGACCUACUGGGCCUGUCAGGGGCCACUCUGCUCCACACUUCUGCCUCAUGGAGCUUAGGGCCUCAGACAGGUGGACUUAGAUGGAGCUGGGCACCACCCCUCCUCAACAAGGCUCACUGCUUGGGGGUGGGGAAGCAGGAGCCUCUGAGGUCUCUAAUACCAGCUCUGUUGUGCUUACUCUUGAGGAGUCCUUAUUUGACCUGCUGUUUAUUAAACUUUGCAUUUUGAAUGCCCUCUUGGGGCCCAAAUGUUGGGAGGGCAGGCGAGCUUUUGUUUCUGUCCCCUUUUGGGUUCCCUAGGCCUUGGGAGUUAACCUGGCCACACCCAGUCUCUGGCUGUCCUGGCACCAUGGCAGAAGUGACUCCAAGGCUCUUGCCUAUUUGACUUGGCAAGAAUGGGAGUGACUUUGGCAACUUCUGCUCACUGAACAAAUAUUUCUGGGCCCUAGACGAUAUUAGAGGCCCCAAAAGACUUAGCUUCAGGCCCGACUCAUCCCUUCCUGGCAGUCAUGGGUUUUAGAGGUAAAGGUCACUUGACUGGGCAGCCUUUAAGCCACCUGAUUCCUGAGCUCGGAUGAGGUUAAAAAUACUGCCUGCCCUCUGUGGCUGCAAAAAGACAUGUAUGAGGUUAUGCAGAGACCUGAGUACCUCGGACAGAUAACAGAGAAGUUUUCUUAAGGAAGACCAGGGACUUGGGCAGAAAGCACUUAAGCCGUACCGUGUGGAACACAGCUUCAGAUGAACUUUCAGCUGAGAGUAACCCUCCCGCUGUCUAGGACCUAAGGGCUUGUUUGGUGGGACUGGAGAGAACAGUCAGAUCUUUUUGUUUGCUGUUUGUUUGUU